AUGGUGUCUAUGGGGUUAGUAUGCGCAUGGACAGGGCGGACUUGCGAAACACUCGAAGAACGCCCAACUGCAAAUACACCAGCUCAGGCAAUAGCGGUUCGUGAGAAUCCUGAACGAGAUAGAGUCUACAAGAUUCUACGAGACGGACGUCCGAAGAAGCCAAAAGUACUAGGAAGCCGGCAGGUUCAUCUUGAAGAGACGCGUACGCCGCCCGCUAAGAGGCGCCACUCGCCUGCUCCACCGAGGGCACCGAAGGCAGCAAAGCCCACUUCGUCUACUGCAACUCAGUCGGAAAGUAGCCUCGGUAGCGCAACGACGGAGGAGGACGUCGAGCGAAUCGCUCGGGCUGUCGCAGUUCUUAUGAAAAAGUGA